UGAAACGAACGGCGUACCACUGUAUGAACGUUGAUGUUUAACGUCUUCGGUUCUACGCGGUCUUCCUAGUUUAGUGUACCUUGCAUGACGUUAGAUUUAUCCGUGUUAGGAGGGCGUGCAAUUUUCACAAUCUCCGUUUACGUAUUCUCGUGAUAAUGCCAAAGAGAAAGAACCAGGCUCUUAUAGAUUCUGAUACUACCGGCAGUGCAUCAGAAAGUGGAUCGGAUUUGGAUAAUGACUUAUUAUCUCUUGCCAAGAAAAAGAAAGGCAAAGCCCAAGAUGAAUCUCCUUCUAAUGAAGAAACUGGCACUAUCAAGAAAGACAAUAAAAAUGAUUCAGACACAUCAGAUUCAGAUGAUGAUUGGGGUGCAAAAACUGGGAAAAAUAAAAAGAAGAAGGUGCCAAGUAAAAGAAAUAAACGUAAGGUGACAAAGUCUAGUAGCGAAGAAAGUGCCAGUGAAAAAGAACCUGAAAAAGUCUCUGAACCAGAAGAAGGUGAGGUUUCAGACUCAGAUGCUAGUGUUUCUGAUUCUAGCCAAGAAGAAUUUAAUGAUGGCUAUGAUGAUAAAUUAAUGGGAGAUGCUGAAGAUCAAGCAAGACUUGCUCAAAUGACAGAAAAAGAACGUGAACAAGAAAUCUUCAAACGUAUUGAACAACGUGAAAUCAUGAAAACAAGAUUUGAGAUUGAAAAGAAAUUGAGAAUGGCCAAGAAACAAGAAUUAAAAAAGCAAAAAGAAUCAAGAAAGAAAGAAAAGAGUGCAGAAGAAAAGAAAGUUGAUAGAGCACCAGAUCCUAAAGAACGAAGUAAAGAUCGUAAAAAGACAAUAGAAGAAAAACAAGAUAAAAAAUUCCAUGCAAUGUCUCUUCUUAAAGCAAGAAGAGAAGAGAAGAAAGAAAGGGAAGAGAAAGAGAAACAAAGAAUAGAACAACAGCAACAGCAGUCAAAAGAUAUUGAAGAAGAAGAAUUAGAAGAUGACCACAAAGGAGGGGCAAACAAAACUAAACUUAAAGCAUCUGAUAUUUAUUCUGAUGAUAGUGGUUCAUCAGAUAGUGGUGAAGAAGAAGAAAUUGCUAAACCAUCAUCUACUCGCAGAUCAUCUUCAAGUGACAGUAGAGAUACUGAUUCUGAUGCUGAUAAAAAAUCUAUUACCAGUAAUAAAGCUAAACCGAAAAAGCCAAUAUAUGUUAAUUCUAAGGAUGAUCUCAAUAAAAUUAGAUUAUCUCGUCAUAAGAUGGAAAGAUUUGUACAUCUACCUUUCUUUGAUAGAGUGGUACAAGGUUGUUUUGUUAGAAUUGGCAUUGGAAACAAUAACGGAAAACCAGUAUACAGAGUAGCUGAAAUUAGCGGUGUCUGUGAAACAGGAAAAAUCUAUCAACUUGGUGGGACAAGAACGAACAAAGGAUUGAAACUAAGACACGGAGCUCAAGAACGUGUCUUCAGAUUAGAAUUUGUGUCGAAUCAAGAGUUUACUGAAUCUGAAUUUCUUAAAUGGAAAGAAACUUGUGCUUUGCAAGGAAUAUCAAUGCCAACUUUUGAAGAAGUUGAACAAAAAUUAAAAGACAUCAAAGAGGCUUUAGUAUAUGAAUUCAAAGAAGAAGAUAUAGAAAAAAUAGUACGAGAAAAGGAAAGAUUUAAACAAAAUCCAUAUAAUUAUGCAAUGAAAAAGGCACAACUUAUGCGCGAAAGGGAUGCAGCUAAUUGUAGAGGAGAUGACGAAACUGCUAGUCGGCUUAAUCAAGAAUUGAGUGAACUUGAGGAACGUGCAUCUGAACUUGAUAAAAUGCGCACUGCAACGAUAUCUAGCAUAUCAUACAUUAAUGAUCGUAACCGAAAAAAGAAUGUUGAAGAAGCUGAAAAAGCAAUAAUGGAAGAGAUUAAAGCCAAUAAGGGUAAAAAGGUAGAUGAUCCAUUCACUAGACGAAGUACAAAACCAAGAAUGGUUUUCAAACCAGAAGAUGACGAAGUAUCAUCUACUGUUCCAGACCUUGGUAAAACAAGUCCUCAACAAACUGAAGCAGUAGCAGUAUGUGAAAAAGAAAAUGGCCAAGAAACAAAAAAGAAACAAAGUACUGAAGAUUUAUUUAAUGCUCAUGAUUUUGAUAUCACAAUAGACUUAGAAGUACCAAUUCCAAAUAAUCCUGUUAGUGUAUUGCCGAAACCCAUUAGUAACAUCAAAGAUACUGGACCUCGACGAUCUUUAAAUUUGGAAGAUUAUAAGAAAAAACGAGGACUAAUCUAACGAUUUGUUGCCUUUAGAAGUAAAAAAAAAAAUCAAUCCUUGAUGAUAUCUGAUUAAUUCUAAAAAUAAGGACGAAAUCUUGUAACGGUUGACUGAGAAACUAGUUUAUAUAUAGUUCUCAUAUAAUAUUCCUUUUUUUGUUAUAAAUAAUAAUUCCUCGUUGUUAGAAAGGAUAUAGGUGGUUUCUACCAUAUGAUUUUAUUGUAGAAUCAUACAUGGUAUUCUUAACGGAUGCACUUUUAUUGUUCGUUAAAAUAUUUCUGUUUUUUAAAGAAUACAAUUAAUAAGUACUUAAAAAAAGUAUUAUGAUUUGAAUCAUUUUAGGAUUUCACGAUUGUUUCAGUUUUUCAGUGAUAUCUUUUAAUAAAAGCAAAUUUACCUUUUAGAGAGAAAAUAAUUCAUUAUUAAGAAUUGCAAUACAAAUAUUAACAGAUAAUUUUAAUAAUAAAAAUCGAUAUGGAUCAUAAAUACAUUAAUCAUAACUUGCAUAUAGCAAUAUGUGACAUUUUCCUAUGUUCAAUAUGUUAAAAUAAACAUUAAUAAGCAGCCUCGUAAUAUAAAAAAUUUCGUAAUACAAAAAUUUAUACAAAUUUGAAAUGAGUGAACAUGUGCUUCUAUUAAUUAUGUUUAUGAUGAUUAAUUGCUUUGUGUGAGGGUAUUACGAAGACUAUCAUACGUAUAGAUAUUUUUUUAUUCUCUGCAGUGUUUUAACACUGUAAUUACAAACUACUGCCAAUAUAAUUUGGCUACAAAAGCUUCAAAAUAUGUUUUACUAUAAAAAUUUGUAAAUAUUCUCUGAACAAUUCGAAUAAUUUAAAUCACUAAAUUCUUAUAUACAUACAUAUAAAUAUAUAUAUUUCUGUACGAAAUAAUGAUAAAAGAAUAUUUUUAGAUGUAUACUUUUCUUAUGUCUAGUUAAUCUGAUUAUUGUUAACUUUAAUCUAACAAGUAUAUUAUCGUAAUUUAAUUUUUAUUAAUGUUCAAAAUAAUUAAAUUUUUUUUGCAUCUUCUGCUCACAAUAUUACUAUUUAGUACACAAUCAUAAACUGGAUAUCUUGAAUAAAUAAAAAUUUGAUACUUUGUAAUAAAAAGUGUGCAUUUUUUUAUAAUUAUGAAUCAUUAAUUUAGAAAGUAGGUUUAUUGAAAGCAAUAAACGAAUAUUUCAUUUCAAAAUACAUCUUAGUAUGCAAAAUUUGAUUUAUUCAGGAUAUCAAAAAUUAUUUGAUAUGAUUUAUGAAAUUCAAAAAUGAUUAUAUAAGCUGAUAAACUAUAAUAUACACAAGUAUCAAAUCUGAAUUAAAAUCAUUACUAUCCACUAUCAAAAUAAAGCAUGUUUGCUUUUAUCCACUUUGCCAAAAUUGUACAUAUAUGUACCUAGACAGUACUAUUAAAAAAAUUUAGAAAGA